AGAGCUCGAGGUCCUUACUGAUUGGAUGUAGCUAUGUUCCUGGCAGGUUAAAUCUGGUAAUAUAUACGUGACCAUCAUGAGAUGUGAGAUUAAUUGCGUUUGCCUAUCUAAACAACUGGCCCAGUUAAGGUCUGGAUAUUGUAGGUUAAACUCGGCCUUCUUAUUUCUUCGGCGGCCUAAUUUCACUUGUAUGCCAUAAUGGCUUGUAUGCAGCUCUCAAGAAGAGCAAAAACUCAAUAUAAAAUGACGAACAAGAAAUGGCUAAGAAAUUUUCUUGAGUCAAAUUUCCUUAACCCAUUAAAGCCUGCUCAUAGAUCCCGUCGUGUGAUUUUAUUAAAAUUUUAUUAGAGUGCUUAUAUAAGUCAUAGAAGUUGUCUUGCUAAAUUUCAGGCAUAUAACUUUUACCAUAAUCGUGAUUUUCAGGGGGUAUUUAAAUACCCAUCCGUCAGAUCUGAGUUCUGACCAUAUAUAAAAUGCGUAGUAUGGCAGCACACUUUUGCCAAUGCAAACAUCUGAUAUAGGUUGUGUAAUGAAAGUAUUAUCAAAACAGCAUUGAAAAAUAACUUUUGUGCAUAUAAGUGAAUACCAAAAUUUUGUGUUGAUCAGUAAAAAUGAUAAGAAAAAAGUUUUUAACCGCUUUGGAACUACAGGCAGAAGUAGAUAGUUGGAGUGACGAAGAUGAAUCCGGUGGAUAUGCAGAUGAAAUAAAUAUCAUUAUUGCGCCACCUGAAAAAGUGGAUGCUGUCAGUGAUACGGAAGAACUAGAUGACAAUAUUCAAAUUACCACAGAUGUCGAAAGGUUUCCUCAAGAAGUAGCCGGCAGUUUUGAAGUGGAAUAUAUAUAUAACGACGGCAAUAAAAACUUGGUGAAAAUCGCAGACGACGGUCUCAAUUUGCAGCCAUCCACAUCGAAAGCGGCACAAGAAACUCGCAAAGUGAUUGAAUCACAAAACCCAAAGUGGAGCCACCGGCAAAACUACGAGUUUGGCAAGGAACCUUUUGAUAAUACUGCAAGCUCACAUAAGGAGCUAUAUGAGAAGAUUGGAUCAAUGUCUCCACUUCAGUUGUGGAAUUGCUUCAUAGAUGAUGAGGUACUUAUGCUUGUUGUAGAUAGCACAAAUGAGUAUGCUGCACAAAAUAAUGAUCCUGAAUUUGUCACAACAAUGGACGAAGUAAAGAGUUUCCUUGGCAUUUUGUACAUUACUGGCUAUCAUACCUUGCCUAACAUACCAGCAUAUUGGUCUAAUAGGGAAUCUCUAGGUUGUGAAUAUAUAAAGAGAUCUAUGAGCCGAGACAGAUUUAAACAAAUCAAGAAAUAUAUACACGUUUGUGAUAACCAAAACCUUCGGCCGAGUGACAAAUUUGCUAAAGUAUCGCCGCUGAAUGAUACUUUGAAUAAAAAGUUCAUGCAGUUCGGCGUAUUCUCCCACAAUUUAAGCAUAGAUGAGCAGAUGAUCGCUUAUUAUGGACGUCAUUCGUGUAAAAUGUUUAUAAAAAGCAAGCCAAUCCGAUUUGGGUACAAAUACUGGUGUUUGACAUCGGACGAUGGCUACUGUUACCAGUUCAUACCGUAUGCAGGUGCAGCUACAAAAUUCAGUAAUGAUUAUAGCCUUGGAGAAAACGUUGUUCUCCAAUUAUUGUCCCAUCUCGAACGUCCCGAGAACCACAAUGUGACGUUUGAUAACUUUUUUACGAGUUAUAAGCUGAUGCGUCGCUUGAGCUGUAAUGGGUACUUCGCAACGGGCACUGUGCGUGAUAAUCGAACUAAUUAUGCUCCUUUGGUGUGCAUUAAUGAUAUGAAGAAAAGAUCGAGAGGAAGCUCUGAUUUCGUAUUUGAUAGCAAUAACAAAGUACUAGUUACACGCUGGAAUGACAAUUCGGUUGUAACUAUUAUGUCAAACUUUCUUAAACAUGAGCCACUACGCCAUGUUAAGAGAUAUGAUCGCAAAGGCAAGAAAAUGAUUACUGUUCCCCAGCCGUUGCUCAUUCACGAGUACAAUCAUCGCAUGGGUGGCGUAGACUUGUUCGACAAUGCUAUGAACAAUUAUCGCAUUAAAAUUCGUGGAAAGAAGUGGUAUUGGCCAUUGCUAACGAAUGCUUUUGAUGCAGCUAUGGUUAAUGCCUGGAAACUGAAAGUGUUUUGUGCAAAAUAUGAAAAGUCCAAGCCGAUGAAUCAAUUCGAUUUCCGUGUGGAAGUUGCGGAAGCUUUGGUAACUGAUGUACGUACUUGUAAACGACGAAUAACCAACCGAGAUGGAGGCCAACGGACAGACGGUUUGAAUCACAUUGUAGAAACAUUGGAUCGGCGCGCCCGCUGUCGUCAAUGCGGCAUAAAAACUCAAUUUGGAUGUAAAAAGUGUAACGCAUUGCUUCAUCCAAAAAAAUGUUUUUCUGACUAUCACAAUGCAGUCGAACCCGAUGCAAAAAAAUAA